UGGACGGUUAUGCAUGUGAAAUGUGUUGCAAGGUUUUAGUAAAAUACAGAUAUGAUCCUCGAUCCAAGGCUUUUAUCCACGAGUUUUCAGGUCUGACAGGUGGGGAUCAUAGUUCAGUGAUCUGUACCGUUGGUCUGCUGAUCCUAGCCUUUUGAUUUGUCUGGCCUACAAAUGGAUGGUUAAAAAGGAGCUGUAGACAUCCAUAUCUAACUAAGAAAAGACCCAUGAUUGGCGGCUAAUGUCUCCAAUUCUAGGAAAAUUUUGGGGCAUGGUCAAUCCACGGUGGGAUGCAACUGACCAACGGUCUGGAUUACUAAACCAUGGACCUUGGUUGUUAGAACUGAGAACCAAGUACGUUGUGCAAAGCUCAAGUGGACAGAAAUCUGUUCUUUGAUGGGUUAUUGUGAUUUUGUUUUCUGGAAAUUAGAUGAAUGAGAGUAGAAUUCUGAAAGAAUUUAGAGUUUUUUUUUUUUUUUUUUUAUAAAUAUUUUUUUUAGAAGACGUGUUGAAUUUUCACUGAUGUUGGUGAGGUUAAUUGAUUUUUGUGAGAUGAAGAGGAAUGGACAGUCUAUUUUCCAUGAAUUGCAGCAGUGUCUUGACAAAGCUCGAGGAAACUAUUGGCAUUGGCAAAGGGACUGCCAAAGUGUAUGCGACUGUUGAUCUAGAAAAAGCUAGAGUUGGCCGAACCCGAAUCAUCGAAAACGAACCUUUUAACCCUCGAUGGUAUGAAUCUUUUCACAUCUAUUGUGCCCAUUUGGCUGCUGAUGUUAUCUUCACCGUCAAAGAUGAUAAUCCAAUUGGAGCAACACUGAUUGGAAGAGCUUACAUUCCCGUUAAAGAACUCCUAAAUGGAGAGGAAAUCGAUCGAUGGGUGGAGAUCUUGAAUAAAGACCGUAAGCCUAUAGGUGGAGGUGCUAAGAUCCAUGUGAAACUACAAUAUUUUGAUAUUUCACGUGAUCGCAACUGGGCACGGGGGAUCAGAAGUCCAAAAUUCCCUGGCGUCCCUUACACAUUCUUCUCUCAGAGGCAGGGAUGCAAAGUCUCUCUGUACCAAGAUGCCCACGUCCCUGACAACUUCAUACCAAAAAUCCCUCUUGCUGAUGGAGAGUAUUACAAGCCUCACAGAUGCUGGGAGGAUGUUUUCGAUGCAAUUACAAAUGCGAAACACUUGAUUUACAUCACAGGAUGGUCCGUGUACACCGAGAUCACCUUGAUAAGGGAUUCUCGGAGGCAGAAGCCAGGAGGAGAUAUGACACUUGGGGAGCUCCUCAAGAUGAAAGCCAACGAAGGUGUUAGAGUUCUUAUGCUUGUUUGGGAUGACAGAACCUCUGUGCCUUUACUAAAGGAGGAUGGGUUGAUGGUCACCCAUGAUGAAGAAACAGGGAAUUACUUUGCAGGGACGGAAGUUCACUGUGUUCUUUGCCCACGAAAUCCUGACGAUGGUGGAAGUAUAAUUCAGAACCUGGAGAUCUCUACCAUGUUCACUCAUCAUCAAAAGAUUGUAGUGGUAGAUAGUGAGAUGCCUAACGAAGGUUCGCAGCAGAGGAGGAUUGUGAGUUAUGUCGGAGGUAUCGACCUCUGCAAUGGGAGAUACGAUACACAGUUUCAUUCUCUUUUCAGGACCUUGGACACAGCCCACCAUGAUGAUUUCUAUCAAGGCAAUUUCAAUGGUGCUUCAAUCACAAAAGGUGGACCGAGACAGCCCUGGCAUGACAUUCAUUGCCGGCUUGAAGGACCCAUUGCCUGGGACGUCUUGUUCAAUUUUGAGCAGAGGUGGAGGAAGCAAGGUAGGAAGGGCCUGCUUCUCGAGCUCAGAGAUCUUGCUGAUAUCAUCAUCACCCCAUCUCCUGUCAUGUUCCCUGAAGACAGAGAAACAUGGAAUGUGCAGUUAUUCCGUUCUAUUGACGGAGGAGCUGCUUUCGGCUUCCCUGAGACACCAGAGGAUGCAGCUAGAGCUGGGCUUGUUAGUGGAAAGGAUAACAUCAUUGAUCGGAGCAUUCAAGAUGCUUAUAUACAUGCCAUCCGCCGAGCAAAGGAUUUUAUCUACAUUGAAAACCAGUAUUUCCUUGGCAGUUCCUUUGGGUGGAAAGCAGACGGCAUCGUGGUUGAAGAUAUUGGUGCAUUGCAUCUCAUUCCGAAGGAGCUAUCACUAAAGAUUGUCAGUAAAAUUGAAGCUGGAGAGCGGUUUACUGUCUAUGUUGUGAUUCCAAUGUGGCCUGAGGGGAAGCCGGAGUCUCCUUCUGUGCAAGCGAUAUUAGAUUGGCAGAGAAGGACGAUGGAGAUGAUGUAUACUGACAUCGCUGAGGCCCUACAUGCGAAGGGGCUCAAGGCAAACCCCAAGGAUUAUUUGACGUUUUUUUGUCUUGCAAACCGAGAGGUGAAGAAGGAUGGAGAGUAUACUCCUCAGGGGAAACCACAGGCAGAUUCUGAUUAUGGUAGAGCUCAGCAGGCCAGGCGAUUCAUGAUCUAUGUUCAUGCCAAGAUGAUGAUAGUCGAUGAUGAAUACAUAAUCAUUGGGUCUGCAAACAUCAAUCAGAGGUCGAUGGAUGGUGCGAGGGACUCUGAGAUAGCCAUGGGAGCAUACCAGCCAUACCACCUGGCGACCAGGGAGCCUGCCCGUGGACAGAUCCACGGGUUACGGAUGGCAUUGUGGUACGAGCACCUCGGCAUGCUCGACGAUACUUUCCUCCAGCCACAGAGCUUUGAGUGCAUUCGUAAGGUGAACAAUAUCGCAGAGAAGUACUGGGAUCUCUAUACGAGCGAGACACUCGAUCACGACCUCCCGGGUCACCUGCUUACCUACCCAGUUGGGGUCACAAGUUCAGGAGACAUCACAGAGCUGCCAGGGACAGAGUUCUUCCCUGAUACCAAGGCUCGCAUUCUUGGCACCAAAAGCAAGUACCUGCCUCCAAUCCUCACCACAUAAGAAUCAGCAGCGAGUAAUUUCUUCUUGUUGUCAUUCUCAGUACCUCUCCUUUUCUUUUCUGUCUUUAGUGAUUGUGAUUGUAGAGACUACUGGAAAUGUUUGCGAAUGAGAUCCUGAUUUCUGACUGCCUGAUGUUUAUAUACAUUAUGUGCUUCUUAGAUUAGUA